UAUAUAUAUCAUCAUAAGUAAGUAGUGCUUCUUCUUCUCUUACAAAUAAAUUGUUAUGUCCAAGAAGAUGGAGCAAAUCAAAGAAGAAGACAAGUUCUUCAACAGGCUAAUGUCCAAAGAAUUAGCCUCAUCAUCAUCAUUAAACACUUCUUCUCAUCAUUACUAUGUUGGAGCUUCAGGUUCUGUUCCAUUCUUGUGGGAGUCUCAACCUGGAACACCAAAACAUGUUCUCUUCUCUGGUAAUUCUUCUCUACUUCCUCCUCUAACACCUCCUCCUUCUUACAACUCCCAAUCUACAAUGCAAAUGAUGAAGAAAAAGUCAAAGAUAACCUGUUUGAUCAACAUUUUCUUGUCUUGGAAAAAUAUCAAGUCCUCCUUAUCAUCUCAUGUAUCUCCUUCAUCUUCAUUGUCUUAUGCACCCUCAUCUAACUCAUCUCCAACAUCUUCAAGAUCUUCUUCAAGUUCUAUCAAGUCCAAGAAUCAUCAUCAUCAGCAUCGUCGUCGCUGUCAAUAUCGAAUUUCCUCCUCAAGAUCAGGUGAUCAUGUUCAUGACUAUGACUAUGAGGAGGAGGAGGAGGAUUUGGAUCAUGAACAAGUAGGUGCUGCAUCUAGGUUUUCACUAAAUUCGACAUUGUGUUUUGGUGUCAUCAACAAACGUAAGCACUGAGAGGUGGCUCAAUUGGUCUUCAGCUUGGUUAGGCGCUCUAG